AUGUUUGCGCUUACAAGGUCCUCCUCACGUGGCCUUCAACCGUUGACCGCCGUUGCAAGUAACGGAUUCAAUGGACACAGCCGCAGCUACGUAAGCAUAGCUAAUCGUGUACACCGUGUGACGAUGUUCAAGAUGCCGAAGGCUGAGGAUCAGAAAAGGUUUUUGGAGCAGUGUCGGAAGAUGGCUGUUGACAAUAAGAGGGAUGGUACGCCUUACAUACUGAGUAUGGUUGCCGGUCCUGUUGAAGAAGGCUCCCGCACUGAAGGCUACACCUUUGUCAACAAGACCGAGUUCGUCAGCAUGGACGACAUGAAGUACUACGAGAGCGAGUGUCCUGCUCAUGGAGAAGUGAAGAAAGUCUUAGAUGAGAUUACUAUAGACGGGAUGAUGACCGUCUUCUUUAAGCCGCAGGCUACCGGAGGCACAUAG